CCGCCCCCGGGGCCCGACGGCCAUCUUGGCCGGGUGGCGGCGGCGGCGCGAGCACGUUGCGCGCGCGGGCCCGCGCGCGGGAUCACCGGACGCCGUUCCCCCGCCGCGGCGCGAGGGCGCCGCGCGCUCCCAGCCCUGCUUCGCCCCCCGGCCCCGCCGCGCCCCCCUCACAACUCCCGGUCUGGAAGCCUCCCACUACUCCUUAUAAUUGGUGUAUGUGUUUAACCCUAAAUUGUGCAUUAUGGCAGACAAAUUAACAAGAAUUGCUAUAGUCAACCAUGACAAGUGUAAGCCAAAGAAAUGUCGUCAGGAAUGCAAGAAGAGUUGUCCUGUGGUUCGAAUGGGAAAACUUUGCAUAGAAGUCACAUCGCAGAGCAAAAUAGCAUGGAUUUCAGAAACUCUUUGUAUUGGUUGUGGUAUUUGCAUCAAGAAAUGUCCUUUUGGAGCCUUGUCAAUUGUUAACUUACCUAGCAACCUGGAGAAAGAAACAACGCAUAGAUACUGUGCCAAUGCCUUCAAACUUCACAGGUUGCCUAUCCCUCGUCCAGGUGAAGUACUGGGAUUGGUUGGAACCAAUGGUAUUGGAAAAUCAACUGCCUUGAAAAUUUUAGCAGGAAAACAGAAGCCAAAUCUUGGAAAAUAUGAUGAUCCACCUGACUGGCAAGAAAUUUUGACUUACUUCCGAGGAUCUGAAUUACAAAAUUAUUUUACCAAGAUCCUGGAAGAUGACCUUAAAGCUAUCAUUAAACCUCAGUACGUGGACCAGAUUCCUAAAGCUGCAAAGGGAACAGUGGGAUCAAUUCUGGAUAGGAAGGAUGAAACUAAGACACAAACUGUUGUAUGUCAGCAGCUUGACUUAACACACCUGAAAGAAAGAAAUGUUGAGGACCUUUCAGGAGGAGAACUUCAGAGAUUUGCUUGUGCAGUUGUUUGCAUUCAGAAGGCUGAUAUCUUCAUGUUUGAUGAACCUUCCAGCUACUUGGAUGUCAAGCAGCGCUUGAAGGCUGCCAUUACUAUCCGGUCCCUAAUAAACCCUGACAGGUACAUUAUUGUUGUAGAGCAUGAUCUAAGUGUGUUAGAUUAUCUCUCUGACUUUAUCUGCUGCCUGUAUGGUGUGCCAAGUGCUUAUGGUGUUGUUACCAUGCCUUUCAGCGUAAGAGAAGGCAUAAAUAUUUUCCUAGAUGGCUAUGUUCCAACAGAAAAUCUAAGGUUUCGAGAUGCAUCUCUGGUAUUUAAAGUAGCUGAGACAGCUAACGAAGAAGAGGUUAAAAAGAUGUGUAUGUACAAAUAUCCCGGAAUGAAAAAAAAGAUGGGAGAAUUUGAAUUAUCCAUAGUAGCUGGAGAAUUCACCGAUUCUGAAAUUAUGGUGAUGUUAGGGGAAAAUGGAACUGGCAAAACAACAUUUAUCCGAAUGCUUGCAGGAAGACUUACACCUGAUGAAGGAGGUGAGGUCCCAGUCCUAAAUGUCAGCUAUAAACCACAGAAAAUCAGCCCUAAAUCUACGGGAAGUGUCCGUCAGCUGCUGCAUGAGAAGAUCAGAGAUGCCUAUACACACCCCCAGUUUGUAACUGACGUGAUGAAACCUCUUCAGAUAGAAAACAUUAUUGACCAGGAGGUUCAGACACUGUCUGGUGGUGAGUUGCAGCGUGUGGCAUUAGCUCUGUGUCUGGGUAAACCUGCAGAUGUUUAUCUGAUUGAUGAGCCCUCAGCAUAUCUGGACUCUGAACAGCGUCUGAUGGCUGCCAGAGUCAUUAAACGUUUCAUUCUCCAUGCUAAAAAAACAGCUUUUGUGGUAGAACAUGAUUUUAUCAUGGCUACAUAUCUUGCUGAUCGUGUGAUUGUUUUUGAUGGCAUUCCUUCCAAGAACACACUGGCAAACAGUCCACAGACUCUUUUGGCUGGAAUGAAUAAGUUUUUAUCUCAGCUUGAAAUCACUUUUAGAAGAGACCCCAACAAUUACAGACCAAGAAUAAACAAACUCAAUUCCAUCAAGGAUGUGGAACAAAAGAAGAGUGGAAACUACUUCUUCCUGGAUGACUAAAUAUUGAAUCCCAGCAUCUUUUUAACUGGUAUCUAGACAUGCAUAUUGGAAUCUAAAGAGCUGUGAUGAGAUGGCUCAGAUCAGGUUUUAGAACAAUUAAUCUUUUGGAGCUUAAAAUCUCAUGCUGCAUUUAACAUCUGAGAUAGUAACCAUAAACAUCGUAGUCAGAGUAAAACUGCCACUUUCUAUAUUUUGGUGACACAGCCCUAUUUUCAGUGUAAUAAUUUCAAAAUAGAUCACCUUGAAAUUGUGCAAAUGGGUCUCCUGAUCUUUCAAAAUUUAAGGGAGGUUUUCAAUAUAUUCCACUCAUGUACCAAGUACUGACUGAACUUCCUCAUUUUAAAAUAAAGCUCUUUUCUGUAUAAGAGGGAAGUUUACUAAGAAUGUCACGCUACAGGAGCAACUCCUCUUUUAAAAAGGCUGAAUCUCUCUGGCUGAGGGUUUCAAAAAUAAAAUACCACCUAAGUUACAGCUCUUCUGUGGCACUGCAGAAUUUCUUCAAUUAAUAAUCAGAAGUGUGUAUAUUUGUAUAAUGUCACACACCCUUUUCUCACACUGUAGCUCAAUGGAAGAUGCAGUACAAAGAACAUAAAGGAAGGUAGCUACACCUUUUUUUAAUCAUCUGGUCCUGUUCUCAGACCUAGUGAGAUGAAAGUAAUCAGUUAAAUAAUCUUAAAGAAAUAUAAACAUGCUUUCCAUCUAUCCAGCUCACUCUUCCAUUAAGUUUUUAUAAGGCUGAGAGGCAGGAAUUACUUUUUCCUAAAGUAAAAGCUUUGAUCCUUACUAUGACAAAGAAAAAAAACCAAAAAAACCUUGUUAAAAACUUAAUUUAUAUGGAAGUAAGAUUCUUCAGGGAGCCAGAAGGAAAAUUUAAAGGUUCCUGCUUACUGUAAAAACAACUUGCAGCUAUGUAUCUUAAAAGUAAGAAAGGGUAUUUUACAUUCAACUGUUCUCUGCCUUCAUUGGCAUGUGAAAAACAGCAAAAGAAAACAUGGCCUUGUUCCUUGUUUACAUUUUUGCCUCAGAAGCUACAUAAAGGAGUGGGGAUUUUGGGGGGGUGGCUUUUUGCCAUAACUUUGGCUGUACUGAGCAUUAUAUACACACUACACCUCCGUGUUGUAACAGCAAUGCACCUGUACUACAAGAGGCAGGGAGACUCCCUAAAGAAGUUCAGGUAUUAAACACAUCCUUACACAACCACCCUGGCCAGACAAAAUCUUCCAAAGGCUAACUAAACUUGUUCUCUUCAGCACAGCUUAACUCCCUUUGGACUGGAGUUGUGCAAUCUUCUUUUAAUCAGUUGUAAUAAGGAUAACGUAAAGAUGUGGUUCAGCUGUGUGUCACAGCUCAUUAUAUGCCGAAUGCUACAUAUAUUGCAGGAGGAUUCUGCAAUCUAAAACAUCUUGCCCUAGGCCAGAGGUUGGGCCAAUCAGUCUACUACUCCUUCUGCAAGAGAGAAAACCAGACUUUCUGGACCAGCAUUAGAAAGAUAUAUCUACACCUUCCAGUCCUUCACUGUCCUAGCAUAGCAAGGCACUGUAAGUCCAGCUGAAAGAAGGUGGGUUUUAGAAGCAAAUUCUGAAAGCACAUCCCUCCCAGUUACUGCCAUGCCUCUCUUCCCCAGUGUUUCCUAACAGAUUUCUGUAGGAAGUGUUACUGCCUUCACUCUUGCAACAAAGCUUGUGAUGAACUACCUGCUCUAGGACAGAAUUAGUUCAGUGACUGCUGCACAAAUUGGGGGUACAGCUGGAGUUUAGAGUUUAAAAUUCACCAGUAAACUCAACAAGCAGCCCUCUUUACAACAAGUAGCCCUCUUUAUGUUUUUAAAGGGGUUGAAAUAAACAGAGAAUCACAAUUGUAACAACAGUUAAAUAUCUCAGUGCUUGCUUCAUUCUCAACCUGAAAAGGUUUGAAACCGUGAAUACAUUUCUGAAUGAAAAAGUAUUUAGAUGAAAAAAAGAAAAA